AAACCUAGGGCCCUUUCUGUAUUUUCAACACUCCCAAAAACUAAAAAAAACUUCCUCUUUUUUUUUUUUUAUCUCAAUUUCCAUAAGUUAGGGGUUUUUAGAUUUCCAUACGGUUCAGUCACAAUUACACAUUGAUAGAUUAGGAUUAGAUAGCGAGAGUUCAAAUAAACCAAAAAAAAGACGCAAAUCGUGACCGUUAGGUUUUUUUUGGAUCUGAUCAUGGACGCACGAGAUUCGACAUCGAACCGAGACGUCUCGUCGAGCGGCGGCAGCGGCACCACCACCGGCGUUGGAGGAGGAGAAGAGGAUCCUAUCCUUUCCGUCACUGCCACGCUUGCCAAAGACGCUUGGUUACACUUUAACUCUCGCCGGUUCAAUGAGUGCCUCGAGGUUUUGUAUCAGCUAAAGCAGAAAAAGGAAGACGAUCCAAAGGUUCUUCAUAAUAUUGCUAUUGCGGAGUAUAGUAGAGAUGGUUAUCCAGAUCCAAAGAAGUUGCUUGAAGUGCUUAAUAGCAUUGAGGUUCUUCAUAAUAUUGCUAUUGCGGAGUAUAGUAGAGAUGGUUAUCCAGAUCCAAAGAAGUUGCUUGAAGUGCUUAAUAACAUUGAGAUUGCAACACUUGAAGAGAAUAAUCAGCUGAUGACACCUCCAGAAAACCAGAUGGCAACCCUUGAAGACAACAAUCACUUGAUUACUACUCCAGAAUACCAGCUGGCAACCCUUGAAGAGAAUAAUCAGCUGAUUACUACUCCAGAAUACCAGAUGGAAACAUUUGAAGAAAACAAUCAUUCCAUGCCUGCUCCUGAAACACAGCCUAACAAGAGGAGGAAAAGGAAGUCCAUGGUUUGGGAACACUUCACCAUAGAAACUGUAAGCGCUGAAAGUAGAAGGGCAUUCUGUAAGCAGUGCAAGCAAGGCUUUGCAUACAGCACAGGUUCGAAAGUAGCUGGUACCAGCCAUCUUAAACGUCACAUUGCCAAGGGAACUUGUCUAGCACUACUACGCAAUCAGGGGAAUCAACAAACCCCUGGUACACCAAGGAUGAAUGGAAAUGGCAGUAUGUCUGAUCCACCAAGACGUCACUACAGAUCCCAUAGCUCAGCCUACAUUUCAUUUGAUUCAGACCGUUGCCGCCCUGAAAUUGCCAGAAUGAUGAUAAUCCAUGAUUACCCUCUUCACAUGGUCGAACAUUCUGGAUUUGUAACUUUUCUCAAGAGUCUUGAACCUAGAUUUGACAUGGUGAGCUUCAAUAUUGUCCAAGGAGAUUGUGUCUCAAGUUACUUGAGGGAAAAGCAAAAUGUUAUGAAGUUCAUUGAGGGUUUGCCCGGACGUGUUUGCCUUACACUGGAUGUAUGGACAUCUAGCCAAAGCUUAGGUUAUGUGUUUAUAACAGGACACUUCAUUGAUGGUUAUUGGAAGCCACAGAGGCGGAUUCUCAAUGUUGUGAUGGAACCGAACCCUAACUCAGAUGCAGCUCUUAGCCAUGCUGUUGCUACUUGCCUAUCUGAUUGGAGUUUGGAAGGCAAGCUAUUUUCUAUCACUUUCAAUCAUCCAGUGGGUGAACCUGGGCUUCAAAACCUCAGAUCUCUACUCUCUGUAAAAAAUCCCCUUAUCAUCAACGGUCAGUUAAUCCUUGGGAACUGCAGUGCUCGUACUUUAAGCAACUUUGCAAAAGAAGUGCUAUGGGCAGGGCGAGAGAUCAUUAAGAAAGUCCGUUACAGUGUAAAGUAUGUGAAGACCUCAGAAUUUCAUGAGCAAAAGUUCCUUGAGCUCAAGGAACAGCUUCAAGUCCCCAGUGAAAAAGACCUAUCUCUUGACAACCAAGCUCAAUGGAACACAACGUAUCAGAUGCUGGUGGCUGCUUCAGAGUUGAAGGUAGUAUUUUCUUGCCUAGAUACUUCUGAUCCUGAUUACAAAGAGGCUCCAUCCAUGGAAGACUGGAAGCGGGUUGACAUUAUAUGCACGUACUUGAAACCUCUUUUUGAUGCAGCCAACUUCCUUGCCUCUAGAACUAACCCAAACCAGAAGACAUUCUUCCACGAAGUUUGGAAGAUGCAUGAGCUGUAUCAUUCUAUUACAAGUCAUGGGGAUCCCUUCGUCAUCAGUCUUGCUGAAAUAAUGCAAGAAAAGAUAGACAAAUAUUUGAAGGAGUGCAUCCUAGCUUUGGCAAUUGCUGUAGUCUUGGAUCCUCGGUUUAGGAUGAAGUUGAUCGAGUUCAGUUUUGUGAAAUUCUAUGGUAAAGAAGCUAGAAAAUACAUUAAGAUUGUUGAUGAUGCGCUCCAUGAGCUUUUUCUCGAAUAUGCGGCGCUUCCUCUCCCUCUUACGCCAGCUCAUGCUGAAGAUGGAAAUUUUGAGAACAUGAAGACUGAAGAAAUUUCAUACAAUGAGCUCACAGAUUUUGAUGCGUAUGUGGAGACUACUAGCCAAAAUAUGAAGUCGGAGCUGGAGCAGUAUUUAGAAGAGUCUUUGUUGCCUCGCUUCCAAGAGAUGGAUGUACUGAAAUGGUGGGAAGAGAACAAGCUCCAAUAUCCAGUUCUUUCAAAAAUGGCUCGUGAUAUAUUGACCAUGCAGGUGUCUACUGCUGAUCCUGACUCUGUAUUUGAUACCGAGAUCAAAGAGCUGGAUGAGUAUCGGAGUUCUUUGAGACCUGAAGCCGUGGAAGCCCUUGUGUGUGCAAAGGACUGGCUUCAGUACAGAUCUUCUACGUUAGAGUCUGUAGAGAAAAGUCGACAGAUCAUAUAUAUAUGCUAAAAGGGAAGCUUGAGAAAUUAGAGAUGCCUUGUUGAGGCCAGGUAUGUGAUUUUGUUAAGCUUUCCUAACAAUUUUAUUGGAUUUCUUUUUCAUUAUAUGCUUAUUUCCGAUUUGGAACUAAAUAUUCAAGUUAAACAUUUGAAAGUAGAAAUGAUUCACAAAUUAUUUUAGAUUGAAGUUCUCAAUUCGACAGAUAAGCCAGGGUUUGAGCACAUCUGUGACUACAAUUUAAAUAGACUUUGAAAUAUGAUUUUGAAUCUUUACAGGGAGUGAUUUUUUUAUUGUUCACAAUUUUAAUUUCUUUUUAGUUUUCAUGGAUUGUUUUUGAGAUAAUAAUGAAGGCAAUGUGAAUCAAAAUUUUUAGUGUCAUUGUCACUUAUAACCUUAGUUUAAUCUUCUUUGAUUCUAAUGACUACUGAUAUAUUUAUUGGUUUUUUCCCUUUUUGUCUCUGAUAUGUCUUUUGGUUAUUGUGCCCAUAAUUAUUUUACAAUGAACCAUCCAGGAUUAAAUUAUUGCAUUAUCCAGUGGCUCUUAAUCAACCAUUUUUUUGAAGUUUUUUUUUCUUCCAUAAGUGGAUGGUAUUCAGGUGGGGUGUUCAUAUUGUUGAAAUAUUUGACUCAGUGUGCUACUGGCUCUAUAUUAUAAGAGUGCAGUGCUUUAGGUAUUUUCAUUCGAAUGAACAAGUUUCAUAUAUUACAUGAAAAAUAUUUUUUAUGUCCUCGUCUUGCCUUUUCACAAUUUGGUUUUUUUGUUCUAAUAGCUGGAGGUGCUAGGUGUGCUGUUAUUUGUGCAUGGUUUUAAUCAACUCCUUAUAGGGACCAUACUCCAUAAGUUUGAAAUGCCUUUUUUUUUCACAUGUUGCAAGGUUGUUUUGCUUUCUCAUGUUUGAGAAUUCAACAGAAUUUAUACUUUUGAAUUUAGCCUUUGAAAAUGACAUCACUUUUAGAUCCAUACGCACUUUGCAUCCCACAAGAUAUGUAUACCUGAUAAAAGAAAAAUGGGGAGGGGGGGGUUGUUAAUGAAAUAAAUAAAAGACAUAGGCCUUGACUAUUUCUUUCCAUACAUAAGAUAAUUAUAUUCUAAGACAAAAAAAAGUAGUUAAAAUCAAUAAAACAAACUUGCUGGACUAUUUUCUCUUGUCCUUGCAAGCCACGACUUUAUAUUGUGGCUUAAGAUGCGCCUCAACUCUGCUUGGAUCAAACCACUUUAGAGGAUGGAGAUUGAAAAACAUUCAAUGAGGGACCAUAACCUGUAAGGUAAAAAACACUCCACAUGAGAAAAUUAGCACCAUCGUUUGAAACAAUCUAAAACCAAAGCAACACAAAAACCUUCUCUUCUUUUCUGUCUUUUUUAAGGUUUCUCUGAGUUUUAAUUUUGUUUUUUUAGGUUAACAUAAAAAGAAAGAUUAUUCAAAUAAAUAUAGGACCUUGAUGGCCAAAAAAUCCUCUUUUUUUAUCCUAUGGUGUAUGUCAGUGCUUACUCAUUCAAGGAUAUUGCGUAUUCAAUUCUUAAAAUGGGUUUAUUCUUGUACAAUUAGAGAUAUGAAUUUAGUCCCUUUCUUGCUUUCUUUCUCCGUUUAAAAUCUUGAAAUUGAACUCAAUAGUUACUUGGGCUCUUAUUCUUCUUGUUGAUAUUGUUUUGUAAUUCCAAAGGGUUACUGGAAUUAGUACUGUCUGUGUUUUAAGAUUUGAAGAGUCUCUGGCAUUAUGGAUCUGUCUCCAUUCAAGUUGGACAUUGAUGAGCUUAUAAUGAGUUUGUUGAGGUGUUUACUUGGAUUUGUUAUCUUGGGCUGUUUUUGCUUUGUUUAGCUAUUGUUUUUCAGGAAGGUUAUUAUGUUUUGAUUGUUUUAACAGUUGUGGUGUUCGGGAACUGUUAGGGUGAGUUUACAACUUUGGCUGAUAUGAAAAGAGUAUGGCUUUCCAGGAAGUUUACCUACAUCUUGAAGCUAGUUCUCCUACCAAAUUGGCCUUCUUUAUGCAGUCGUUGUAUGCUCAUACAAUUGGUGAGCUCUCACCGACUUGAUUUUUGUAUUGUCAUUGAAGCAAAUAAUGUUCUGUGCUAGAAUCCAGUUGUCGUCGUGAGUUUUUCUUCAGUUAAAAAAUUGUUGCCCUGGUUAUAUUUUAUAAAGCCCGUUUCUUGUAAUGGACAAGUCCCAUCUGGGGCUGGAUAGUUUUUGGAUCAUGUUGCCAUCUCAUCAUAUUUCUUGAGACA